AGUAAGAGAGAGAGAGAGAGAGAGAGAUAAAGAGAGAGUAGUAAGAGAAGAGAAAUAAGUGCUCUGCUGUGAUACGUACAAGAGGAGACUCUUAAUAAAAAGCAAAGAAGAAAGUUUUGUUGAACUUGGUUCAUCAUGGAAGGAGUUGAUCUUUCUUUCCUGAAAUCGAUCAGUCGGCCAGAAAUGUUUGAAUUUGAAGGCAUCUCUAUGGUUCAUUACUUCACUGACAACUGGGAGAAUGUUCAGAACUUCCAGGCAAGACCAGAUGACAUCCUCAUUGCUACUUACCCCAAAGCAGGGACCACCUGGGUGUCCUAUAUCUUGGAACUUCUCUAUUUCGGCAAUGUAGCACCUGAGCGUCAGACCUCAAUGCCCAUCUACAUCAGAGUGCCUUUCCUUGAGUCGCAGUUCCCUGGGAUACCGUCAGGGGUUGAACUGGCAGAUAAUUUACCUACCACACCACGACUCAUUAAAACUCAUCUACCUGUUCAGUUAGUGCCCAAGUCCUUCUUUGAACAGAACUGCAAGAUUGUCUAUGUAGCGCGCAAUGCCAAGGACAAUGUUGUGUCUUAUUUCCAUUUUGAGCGCAUGAACAUGGGACAACCUGACCCAGGAAACUGGAACAACUUUCUUCACAGUUUCAUGGAAGGAAAGAAGGUGUUUGGACCUUGGUAUGAUCAUGUGACUGGCUACUGGGAGAAGAAGCAGACAUACUCUAAUCUUCACUACAUGUUCUUUGAAGAUAUGGUGGAGGACAUGGGGUGUGAGAUGGAGCGCUUGUGUUCCUUCCUUGGUUUAUCUACACCGGUAGAAGAGAGGGAAAGGAUUAUUAAAUCCACUCACUUUGAUACCAUGAAGCAAAACAAGAUGACCAACUAUUCUACAAUCCCAAUCAUGGAUUUUACGAUCUCACCGUUCAUGCGCAAAGGUAAAGUCGGCGACUGGAAGAAUCACUUUACUGUGGCUCAGAAUGAACAGUUUGAUGAGCACUACAAGCAGAAGAUGAAGAACACAACUGUACAGUUUCGCACAGAGAUUUAGGACAUCAAUGAGGUCUCAGAAUUUAAAUGUGAAUAUUAAUCCAAUUUAUACAAGGGCAGCCAUGACCAUGUAUUGAGCACUUCAUGUAUGCAAUAUUAUCAGAAAUUGUGUUGUUGUUUUUUUAAUGUUUUUUUUUACAAUACUGAUUCAAAUAAAUCUUUUUGGUUAAAUAUUUUAGUACAGCUGUUCAAAGCAACACUGUUCUUAGAAAUAGUUGUUAAAUGCCUACAAGAAGGGAUGACUGGAGCACAUGGACUAACAGGGCUAAGUGAUGCACACAUUAAAACGAGUAAUGCAU